AUGCCCUCCCCUCUCAUUGCCAUCCUGCUUAGCCUCGGCAUCGGUGUCGACCUCGCGUUCGCUGCCCAUGCUGGCUUCCACGUCCAAUUCCCGUGGAUGACCCGCCGCGCCGGCCCGGAGACCCGACCAGGCAUGGAGCAGUACAUCCCUUUCUGCGGAGAGAUUGCCCACUCCCCCCAGCGGUAUGCUCGUGGGUCCCGCACCUUCCUCUCGUUCUCCGGGCAUCCCGAGGAGCUCGUCACGGUGCUGUAUACGCGGAACAGGGUGCCGAAGAAGAAGGCGGACUUCUCCCAGACUAUCCUAAAGGAUGUGCCCAUCCAGCCUUCGGGGCAGCUGUGUGUCAACAUCACGAUACCGUUCCAGACCGAGGUCAACGAAAUGGGAGUCAUGUACUUUGAGGCGAGGGACACGAAGACGGACAGCGUGCAGUACUGUGUGAGUUAUAUCGUUGAUCGUACAUGUGCUCUCGAUGCUGAUGAGAAGCUUCUGGAGAUAGUGCUCCGACGUGAGGAUGGCUGA